GAAAAAGAAAGGCAGCAAAAACAACAGCUCCACACGGCUCCACCGCAAGGAAAUGAAGCAGAAACAACGAAGGGGAGAAGAUAGGCAAAUAUAGAAGGCAUCAGUUUUUGCCUAUCUGCUCCUCUCUCCUCCAUCUAUCCCACCACCCCCACACAGCAAGAAGCGCAACCGACAAAGCGGCGACGAGAUGAAAAGUUCGUCGCUAGCUGCUGCGGGGGCAAGUCGCUGACGGGUGGGACAAAGCUCGGAGGGUUACCCAGGCUCUUUAUGUUUCGUCUCUGGCCAGUCUAGCUGCCUGCAGAAUCGUCGCGAUUUAUCAGUUUGAAAUUUGCGCUUCACGACGCGGUACACACAUCGGAACCCUCUCGCGGUGGCUUCGCGCGGAAUUUUGUGUUUGAUUUAUCCGUGUACGAACUCGCGUUUGUUUAUCUGCCUCAGGGCUUCGCACAGAAGACACAUUUAUUUCCUUGGGGGGUAAACAAAUUGGUGGCGUCAGGCGAAAAGCAAAUAAUUUCUGUGUCCAUUAAUUGGCUUCGGCGGGGUUCGAGUUUUUGCUCCUGGGAAAAUGUGGCUGAAACUGUUCUGUCUGCUGCAAUCCGCCCUGCUCGCACUGGCCAUCUCCCGGUACGCCCACCCUGCGGUGUUGGAAAACGAUGCCCAAGAGGCGCUGCUGCCGGAUUACUUGCGGAAUCCCUUCUACCGGACGCCCCGCGUUGCCCACGCGUUGGCACGCUUCAGCUGGUUCGGUCCCGGCGAGGAACCGGUACGGGAGCGACAUGCCGAAAAAAUAUCCAGAGCCGAUAUCUACAGUGUGCUGACACACGCCGGGUUCGUCCCGCGACGAUUUAAUGGGCUCAACCGUUGAAAGGACCCUGAGAUUAGAGAUGGUUCUGGGGGUGCAUGGCGUGUGCAAUUUUUCGUUUCAGUGCCUACAGGCGAAGAAAACAGUUGUAGUAAUAAGAUAAGUAAAAACAAAUAGAAGUGUGUUUGAUUUUGGCAAAUUGAACCUGUAAAUAAUAGAUAGCAUUGAUCAUGAUGCGAGAGGAAAAUUACAUGUUGUGUAUAAGGACCGUAUCGUUAAUUAUGGGUACGCUCAAAACACAGCUUUAUUUCAAAUAUUGCAUUUAUUUUUCAGUUCUGAUAUCAAAAUAUUGUAUCUUAUGAAUGAAAGAAAGGAGUAACAGUAAAAAAUAAUCAAGAUUCUGAUUUUCGCGCCAAUGAUCGCACCUGCUUCUUGAUGUCCCUCAUUAGGUUCUGGACAACCGUUUCAUCGACUUGUUUGCUCACAUUUAUCCAAUCCUUUUUGAACUGCUCAAGGUCAUCGGCUGCCUUGUCCUUCUUCCGCAGUCGUCCCUUCAUCAAAGCCCAAAAUUUUUCAAUAGGUCUUAUUUGCGGACAAUUUGGAGGAUUCAUCUCCUUUUCCACAAAAUCGACAUUAUUCUCGCGAUACCAAUCCAAGGUCAAACGUGCAUAGUGGCAUGAUGCCAAAUCAGGCCAAAAUAGUGUCGGACCAGUGUGCUUUCGGAUGAGCGGUAACACACGCUUUUGGAGACAUUCUUUCCGGUAAAUUUCACCAUUCAUAUUCCCGAGAGUGAAGAAAGGAGAUGAUUUAAUGCCACAUUGACAAACAGCUUGCCAAACCAGCACUUUCUUACCGAAUUUUUCGCAAAAAAUUGACUUCUCCGCGUUCGGGACAUCUGUUCCUUGCUUUACAGUGUAAAACUGUGCCCCAGGAAGAGUUUUGUAGUCCAGUUUGACGUAGGUUUCAUCAUCCAUGACGAUGCACAGUUCGCGUUUGCUUAAAAUCCCAUCGUAAAGCUUACGGGCACGGGUUUUCACGGAACUUGCCUGAAUUUGGCUGCGUUUGGGACAUUUUUGCUUUCUAUAUGCCUUCAGUGAGUUACGUUCUUUGGCACGUUGAACCAUACCGAUUGAUGUUCCACACUUUUUUGCGCAAUCCCGUAUCGAUAAUUCCUUUUUUCUUUCAAAUUGCCUGCAAAUCUUUUUAUCCAAGUUUGGCUUGGAUGGCCCAGGUUGUCUGCCGCGACCGGGUAGAUCCUUCAAUGUAUUAUACAUACCAAAUCGCUUGAUAGCGUUUUGGACCGCAUGGACGCUUACUCCUUCCGCCUUCGCCAAUUUUCUCAUUGAUAUUCCUGUUUCGGAGCAGUAUCUGGUCACAAUGGAUUUUCGUUUUUCUUCUGUUAGCCCUCUCAUGAUUGCACUUUUAGGAAAAAAACGAUCUUUUAACAAUGCUAACUGAACGCUAACUGUGUCAACAACAGGAGAAAAAUAAACAGCUGUCAAAACAAGCUAUAGUCUUUUUCAGACGGAGACUCUAAGGCGUACCCAUAAAUAACGAUACGGUCCUUAUAAGAUAGAUAAGUGCAUUUCUUAAGAUUGCAAUUGUUUAAGAGAGUUUUUAAACUAGCUAAUUGAAUCUUGAGUUAUCGAACAACCGUUGUUACAUAUAUUUUUAGAAAAAUAAAA